GUCGACUUUGGUUUCACUCUAAAAUCCAGAUGGUUUUCAGGUCGCCCCUCGACUUUUUUUCGGCCUCCCGCCUUCUCUUGCCCCACUUUGCCGAUGCCCCCCCUGCCAUGCCUCGUUCCCGGUCACCGGAGGACCCUCCCAGCGCUUGCCCUUCCCUGGCUCUCCCGGGACUGUGCUUCUCCGCAGCGCAGAUCGCCAGCGUGUGCGAAACUUUGGAGGAGACCGGAGACAUCGAGCGGCUGGCCCGCUUCCUCUGGUCACUCCCGGUGACCGCCGAUGGCCGCGACUCCAUCUCUGAGCACGAGUCUGUGCUACGGGCUCGCGCUGUGGUCGCCUACCAUACGGGAAGUUUCCGUGAGCUUUAUCGCAUCCUGGAGACGCAUCGCUUUACGCGCGCCUCGCAUGGUAAACUGCAGGCGAUGUGGCUCGAGGCUCACUACCGGGAUGCAGAAAAGCUCCGGGGGAGGCCGCUCGGACCCGUGGAUAAGUACCGCGUUAGGAAGAAGUUCCCCUUACCCAGGACCAUAUGGGAUGGAGAACAGAAGACACACUGUUUCAAAGAGCGCACUCGGGGGCUGCUUAGAGAGUGGUACUUGCAGGACCCCUAUCCUAACCCGGGAAAGAAGCGGGAGCUGGCACACGCCACAGGACUUACACCAACACAAGUUGGGAACUGGUUCAAAAACCGGAGACAAAGGGACCGAGCGGCAGCAGCUAAAAACAGGUUGCAGCACCACCGCACUUGUCCGGAUGGUGCCCGCGCUCUAAGCGGAGGAGACUGCAGUCCAGAUGGCAGCGCAGAGCGCGCCGAUGGGGAAACUUUCCUCUCAGUAACAGACAGUGAUUCGGACUUGGACGUCUGAAACUUUUGGUCAACGAAAUGGACCAUUAGAGGCCCGUGAUGGUCUGUCGUGGGUUCACAGAGAGAAAGGGUGGGGGGAAAAACUGGUCAGUGUUUAUGUUGCAAGAAAACUUUGAGGCAUAAAAAGAGUUAUUUCUGAAUAUUACGCCAAUCCAAAAGCAGAUUAAAUAAACGCAGGUUACAUCAAGGUUUUAUCUCGCUUUCCCCUUCGCUUCCUGACACUGUGAUGCUGGUUUUCUGCCCUCUGGUAUUCUCGAAGUGCAAAUCAUGACUUUAAACUUUGACCACCUUUUUUAUUUAACCACAUCACUGGCAGGUGGUGUGAUUAUCUGUUGAGCCAGCCUACACCAUCAACCUAGUAAAACUGGAACAGAAAAUGUGGAUUCCUGUUGAACUUUGACCCAGGGAUCCCCACAGCGCAUGACCUUCACAGACUGAAACCUGCCAGGGAGCGAAUCACACUAAUCUCCUUAAGUUAUGAGUCAUUAAAAAAUAUUGAAGCUAGUUGUUCCUUUAGAGGCCCCUGGAGGACCCUUGGAUGUACUCUACCUUAGACAAUCAAUACCAUCAACACCUACCUCCUUACCUGUUUGUAUGUUUUUAAAUGGUCUUGUUUUUACUUUUUGUCUUUGCCUUCAUCUCAACUUUAUUCAAAGUUCAUUGUGCAGUUUGUGUCAAACAGUGUAAUACCCAUGA